AUGUAUUGAUAAACCCCUAAAUUUUUUGGGUUCCAACUCAUUGUUGGAGUUGUUGGAACUCAAAAGUCACAAAAAAAGUAACUUCCUCACAAAUUUUCGCAUUUUUAGUUAAGAAUCCCAUUUGCAAGGCCACAAUUUUAAUCCAAAUCGUCCUUCUCCAGCAACACAAAGUCUGGGUGGACUUUUUUCAACUCAUACAUACAGUAAUUUGCUCUGUAAAGUGAACAAAACACUCAAGGAUGCUGCAAAUCUGUGUUACAUUCAUCAUGGUGACCAUCCUGGCGGCUUCGGCUAUCCCAAAGCCAGAGGAGAAGCGUGUGGUAGACUAUGAUCUGUCGGACGCACAGCACUUUCAAAAUGAGCAGCACAACACACAAUAUGAUCACGAGGCGUUCCUUGGGAAGGAGGAAGCAAAGACUUUCGAUCAACUACCCCCGGAAGAGAGUAGAAGACGUUUAGGGGUAAUUGUGGAUAAGAUUGAUGCUGACAACGAUGCACUAGUGGAUUUGGCUGAGCUGAAAAAUUGGAUCCAAUUCACACAGCGGCGAUACAUUGAGGAUGAUGUAGAGCGUCAGUGGAAGCAGCACAAUCCUAGUGGUAAUGAAACGAUUCCCUGGGAAGCCUAUCGAAAGGCCGUGUAUGGGUUUAUGGAUGAUAUGGAUCCACGUGAUUUGGAUCGCGAAAAUGAGGGAUUCUCCUACAAAGCCAUGUUAACGAGAGAUCGACGACGAUGGAGUUUUGCUGAUAAAGAUGGGGAUGAUCAUCUCUCACGCAAGGAAUUUACGGAUUUUCUGCAUCCCGAAGACAGUCAAAGAAUGCGAGAUGUUGUCGUCACCGAAACCAUUGAAGAUAUCGAUAAGAAUGGCGAUGGAAAGGUAUCCGUGGAUGAGUACAUUGGAGACAUGUACAGAGCCAGCGAGGAUGGCGAAGAAGAGCCCGAAUGGGUGAAAAAUGAACGGGAAACUUUUGCAAAGUACCGCGAUAAGGAUGCCGAUGGUUUCCUCAACAGUGAAGAAGUUCGUGAAUGGAUCAUCCCAGCAGAUUUCGAUCAUGCCGAAGCUGAGGCUCGUCACCUAAUCUACGAAGCUGACACCGAUGCUGAUGAGAAGUUGACCAAAGAUGAGAUUCUCGACAAGUACGAUCUCUUUGUUGGCUCCCAGGCCACGGACUUUGGUGAAGCACUCACGCGUCAUGAUGAAUUCUAACCCGCCUCUCUAACCCAGUUAAAGAAUCUUAAGCCUGAUUCUCGAAUGCAAUCUUGAACACUUAACAAAAAAGAAUCUCCCCUUAAAUGUUCUUGCGCGCAUCUUUUAUAGUGCCAAAGCAAUUUUAUGUUCAUCUUAUUGUAGUUUUUUUAAGAAAACUUUUUUUUUUUGAAAAAUGUCUCAUCCCCCUUCCUCAUCUUGUGCAUUUUUCAACUCGAUGUUUCUCAUAAAAAUUAUUUUUUGUACUAAUAAAAUUUUUGAGAAAAAAAAAAAGAAAAA